GGCGAUUUUUUAAUAUCAUUGAAGCAAAGGGAAUGUGGAAACCCAGACCUGUGUGGAUACGAGCAAAGAGUGUCACGUGAUCGGGCAAGCUGGUGUUUUAAGUUGUAACAACGUCAUACCACGUAACACAACAAGCGCAAAAACGGUGGAAAUACACUUAUGUAUGUUUAGGGAUAUUCACAGAGGAGCAUUCGUCCAUAGGAACUGGUCAUUCGUGGAACAGUUUUCAUUUAAAUGGACUUCAAACUACAAUAAAGGACUUUGUAUGUACUUUCACUCUAACUGGCAUGAAGGAUUGGACGUGCUAUUGCGACAAGGCCUUCAUCUAUUUCAAGGAAAAAAUGAAUUUGAUAAUGAUGCUUUUCAUGGACAGUCCACCUUAAAAAGUCUGAAUUUGUCAAACUGGAAUUAUUUAGAUGGUAAUGCUGUUAUAAGGAUAUUUGUAAACAAAUUAUCUUUACAAAAUGUGGACAAAUUGAAUCUAAAACUGCUGUUCACAAAUUCAAUAAACAACUGAUACAAACCGUGAUGAGCAGACCGAUUAAAGUGCUUGACCUAAGACACACCUCCAUCAAGUAGUUUGACAGGGUGAUGUUUUUACGUCACUGUCACUACCUUCAAUACUUCUACAUUUCCGUGGUAAUGGAAAGAGACCAUAAAGGCGUCCUUAGUAGUGGAACCGAGCAGGGUUUGCAAAAAAGGAUCACAGACUAUAUGGAAUACUGCAGAAACAGCUCUGAGAAAGGCCCAGUUUUUGACAUUUUAUCCAACAAGAUAAUAUGUUACGCUUGCGAACACAAAUCAACAGUUGAGUGGCUAUUUUACCGGAAAAGCUACUUUUACAGAUUGUCAGAACUGCGAUGGGUUGGCCAGUCCGGUCGAUUACUAAAGAUAAACGAACAUCUUGUCAACAGUUUAAAUGAUGCCUGCUUGAGACCGACUAGAAUAACAUUAGCGACUAUAUUGCCGUUUGUUUUACUGUUAUUUCUAACUGCCACAGUUUGUGUUGUAUGCAAACGCCGGAAAGCCUUGGCGCGGCUUCAGACUCGUGAGAAUCGUAUUGCAGAACUUCAGGUGUACAAUGAUCGGUUCGCUGUGUUUCUUGGCUACAACAGCGAGGACUACAACUUCGUGCACGACAACGUGGACACGGCCCUGAACCUCCAUCUCCAGACCAUCGUAGACACGGACCGGUGCCUCGUGUGCACAGGCGACAAUAACUUCCGGUUGGGCAGGAAUAAACACGAAGAUACUAUCCGCCUUAUCCAACAGUCGUACGUGGUUGUUCUGGUGGUGACGGACUCGUUCUGUACCAGCAAUUUCUGUUGUAAGAACAUGCUAUCGUAUGUUUUUAACGAGAAAAAGCCGGUGAUCGUGAUGUUGAAUGGGCGAGUCAAUGAGAACACAAUGCCAACCAUACUAAGAGACUGCUUCAAUAAGAACACCAGAAUCGUGUGGUCUGAAGUGGACGGCCAAUACAUACUGAAAACCACGUGGACAAAUGUGUGCAACUCUAUCCUGGAAACGUAUUGAAACGAAACGCUCUGAUGAUAAAGUUUCACGGGAUUCAUUCUGACAUGUUUCAUAUUUUAUACAUUGACUAAAAUGUGAAAGUACUAUAAAUUUAAAUCUCAUGUAUUUGUGCGACAUAUUGUUUGUAUUUCUGUUGUCCCCGCCAAGAUUUACCAAAAUCAUACCACACACUAAUGUCUGUAUCUCACUUAUAUGCGUGUUUUAUUGCUUAUUUUGCCGUGGUAUUGCGAUGUAAUUGCGCCAACACAUUCAAUAAUGUUGUUGUUUCUGUCGUUGUUGGUGGUGGAUGUCGUUUUUGUUGAUUAAUAUUGUUGUUUCAGAACAUUUCUCUCUCAGAGCUGUAUGGCAUUUGAAAUGGCCGAUAUAUACACCUCUUAUAGUGCUACCUACGUCUACUUCAACAUUUUUUUUCAAACGAGUGUUUUGAUUUUAAAUUUGCAGAAAUUGAUAUACAGAUAUACAAGUAAAGUCAAUCUGAUGGCGUGCUUAAUGGAUAUUUCAUAAUUAUCCUACGUAAACACUUAACAUUUUGUUAUCUUUUUGGUCAAUUUUCAAUUUCAAAUAUAUAAAAGAGAUAGUAUAGAGAAAAUACAUAGUAUAUAGAAAAAUCACAAGCUGGCGUAGAAAUGACAGUUACGUCACCAGCGAAUAAUACAAUGUUCUUACUCGGAAAAUAAUAAAUAUCCUGAAUGAACUAUCUAUUACGCAUGUAACAUUCUUGAUCAUGUAAACAGAUACAACCAUUAAAAAUACCUUUUGAAACGUUUCGUAUAUGGAAGUGUAAGAUGUAUUAUGAACACUGUGCAUUUAAUAGAGAUUAUAUACAUUGCAUCAAUUGUUUGUAGAAUAUUUGACUGUACCGCACUUUUGAACACUAUAUCAAUUCAUACGAACAUCCUUAUUUUUUUAAUUCUGAGUGAAUCUGCUUUUCGAAAAGUAAACGUCGAGUAUUGUCAUAACCUUGAUGCCAUCGACUUGAUUUGUUUCUGAUAAUCUUUCACAUAACACCAUUGACUGAAAUCAUGCAAAAACUAUUCAUAUAGUCAUAUCUUAAAAUGUUCCCGACAUUUCCUUAAAGAUAGUGACAGUGACGUGAAAACGUCAAUGUAACUUCGAACGCUUUGAGCUUUUUUUUGCCGUAAGCCCAGCAGUUUGAUAGGUCUGUUCAUUACAUUUUGUAUUAGCUCUCUGUUAUUAUGACCAAUACACGUGUUCGAGAGAUAGAAUAUGUUCAGAUGUUUAUUGUUUAACAGUUUGCAAAUAUACGCUCAACAUCGUCCUCAUUUAAAUUAUUCGAGCUAAAAUAAAUCAAGAAUUCAAGAAUAUUUAGGGGUGUCCAUUUGAUCAAAAGCAUCUUAAUAAAAAGCAUUUGACUGUUACACAUGUGCAUUUGAAAACGCGAAAGCGUGCAUAAUAUCCCCUGCCAAUUAUUUUUAUGUAUAUGUUUUGUGACAAUGGGGAUCUGUGUUCCUCUCUAAAAUAUAUUACGUUGCUCAAGUGACCAGUUUUGGUUGACAAAUGCUCCACUUUAAAUUUCCAAUAGCACACACAUUGGUAGCGCCUGUCGGGUCACGUGGUAUUAUAUCGUGAAAGCGGACAAAGCCAUCUUUCCGGGUCACAUGACAGUCCAUGAACGUAUCACCGCAAGUCGGAACUUCUAUAGUUCAAGCGAUAAAUAUUGUUGACAGAAUAACCAAUGACAGAGCUGCGAUUUUCAUUAUUAUGUGAUUCAUUUUUUACAACGCAUUGUACUGUCACUGCACAAAAUCCACUGACAAAUGCUAUUAACCUUAAAAUAAAUUUAAAAUAUAGAGGAAGUUGGAGUUUGUAAUAACAAAAACAAAAACGUUUCUAUAUUAUACCAAGAUUUAGAUGGUAUAACACAUAUCAAUUUUCAUUAUGAGCAGUACAUUAUACGGAGGUUUGUACAUUGAUGACUGCUAAGCAUAUGUGUAAGAUUUAAAUAGCACAAGUUGAGAAAUAAGUACCUGUAAAAUAGUACUGUCUGUACUGUAAAUAUAUAUGAUGUGUUAUGGGUAAACUAACACCAUUGGAAGAAUGUAUAAUAUAUGUAUGUGCAUAUAUAUGUGUGUGUAUAUAUGUGUAUAUGAGGAAUGGGUGUGUGUAUGUAUAUAAACAUGAAUAUUUUACAACAUUUAUAACAUUUUUAUGUGUAUGUGUGAAUAUAUAUAAGCUGCAUUUUUGCCUCGAUGUAUUUGUAAAUAAACUCUUAAAUCUGGA